AUGUUAAUGAGACACUCUGGUUGCACUUCCAUGAUACUUGAGGCUGUGCACUUUUACAAAUUUGAUACAUAACGUUUCACACACUGUUGUCAUAAAGUUCAGGGGUGUUCAACCAGUUGAAAAGAACCCUGCACCACACCGAGUUUUUAAGGUGGACUCACCUAACAAGACACACACGGACCCCGGGCUGCUCUGUUUGUCUUCCGCGGGGGCUAUUGCAUCGUGAGAUGUUCAUUCUGAGCAACUGCCUCAUUGCACAGCUAUUGCAGCGCCCGAGAGCUUCCCGGCGGCAUGACCGUGUCACUCCAAUCGGUGCCGGAGCGAUGGGCAUUUUUGCGCGCUACAGUCAUGUCAUCCGAGACAUUUAAUUGGACCCCGGGCCGCCACGGGGGGGGGGGGGGGGCGCAGCGGGCGGCAUUCCUCCACCGCCUGCGCCCCAUGGCCAUGUUGUGUUGCCUUUUUUUUUUUUUGCGCCGCGCGGCUGCAGAUCCGUGCACAACGCGUCCGUGCCAAAACGCCAAACUUGAAAACUGCCGGAGUUUCCUCUGACUUGACUGACGCCACAGAGUCGCGGACGCCCGGACUCGACUUCAGAGAAACUUCUGAAUACAAAACACCACCAGUCGGGAGUCUCCAGAGGGACGAGGAGGUGAAGCCCGCGGGGAGAUUUACGCGUGCCAUAUCUGUGCUCGGAUUUUGCGCAGGACAAGUGAGCGACGAGAGUUUUUUUCUCUUUCUUCUUCCUGACGACACCUCAGCUGUGGUUCGACGGCGGACAAACAACUCAUCGGUGUUGGGGACGUAGACUGCUACAUGAUUUAAAUCUUUACCACCGCUGAUUUUCCUGGUCCGGCUUCAGGGAUAAAUGAUCACCUCAACCAGAAGAGUGUCUCCCGAUAAAUCUGAAGUUAGAAUCGCCUUCAGCCUCGGUGACACACCAGAUGUAAAAGAUGUGGAGGAGCUCGAUCAGACUUUCCCGGACCUUGAACAGCGAUUACAGCCAGUCCCGCCCUGUGUGUCCCUGAGAGAGAGCGUUCAGGUGUACAAGGAACACUGCAGGAUGGCGAGGGAGUUCCACCAGGUCAAACACGAGAUGUCCCUGCUCGAGGACCGCAAGCACAAGUUGCUGGCAGAGCUGGUGGCCGACGAGGAGGUCGCCGUGGAGAUCGCCCGUCUGGAGGACGAGUUCCGCCGUCUGUCGGAGGAGAACCGCGACCUGGUGACCGUCCACGAGGAGCGCGCUCAGCAGCUGCGGGGGCUGUGCCCGACCGGUCCGACGAGGCCGGACUCCUCGUGACCCCCCACCCCACACACACACACACACACACACACACACACACACACACACACACGCACACACACGCACACACACACACACCCCCCCGAGACCUACGGCCAUCCGGCUGACACCAGGCCAGAUGAACCCAGCAGACAUUGACAACAACAAAAGAAAAAGACUCUGAGCCUGUGCCCGUGAUAUAUAUAGACAACUGCAGCCUGCGAAUCGGUUAAUUGCACAGAAAGGUGCAGCGUGUGUUCCGAGGUCUGAGUCAUCGGUCUGAACCACAGAUGUGCCCUCGUCAUCGGUGCGAGGUCGCCGCAGUGACUCAGCGGCGCUGUGACACAAGGCCCGUCUCUCUCUGGGCACUGUAUUCUUUAUCAUGUGAUGUCGGGUCGAGUCCACGUCCGUGCAGUGUCAGCUGGCUGCUGCGGAUGUGACCAGGUACCUCUGAUAUCCGUCUCAGGUCCCGCGGAGACUCAGACCCUCUUCUUUUUCUUUUUUUUUUUACCUGAGGUGUGCGGAUGGGAUGUGGUCCAAAUGUUGUGGGUUUUUGAGGGGGUUUUUGGGGGGAGUGCCCCCUCCCCCCCCCCCCCCCCCCCCUCCCCCUCACUUCUUCCCUUUGCCUGUCAGGUUCCUGUUACAGUAAAAACAGAAAUGAGAUCACCGUCGAGCAUAGUGCUACGGGCUCGGGGGGAUUGAGGCCGUUUGUGAGGAACUGGAGUCAGCAGCGUUAAAAGAGUUGUCAUCUUUUUUUUAUUUUUUUUUUUUAUUUUUUUGACGUAGUGUGUCUCACCCACCUGUACGAGGGGCAGCAUACAAACAGAGAUGAACUGUUGCUUACCGUGCUCACCUGAUUCAAAAAAUAAAGCGCAUCUCAUUUUAACACCGGC